AACCGAACUCUCAGGGUAGGUUUAAUGAAUUUAUUCUUUGGUGUGGCAUGGCCAGUCGGUGCAGCACUUUCCGGUGUUUUGUAUCAAAAGCUAGGAUUUUUYGGAGUGUACUAUAUCUCAACAGCGUUAUAUAUGAUAGCUUUUAUUUACGGCUCAGUCAACAUCAAAGAACAUCAUGGGCCAUUAGRUCUAAAAGAGCCCAAGCAGACAUCCAACUCUUGCAUGUAUCUCGUGGUAGAUUUUUUCAAUCUGAAACAUAUCAAAAAAGCAUUUCACACAACGUUCAAAAAAGGCCCACGAAAAAGAUGGACGAAAAUCAUCAUGCUGAUGUUUACAAUAGUUGUAAUCCAAGGUCCUUCACAUGGAGAAUCUGGAAUUACCUACUUUUACACUCGAGUUCGUUUCAAUUGGAAUGAAUUGGAUUACAGUUUAUUCUCGACAUUCUUAUUUAUGACAAACAUUGUAGGCGUUGGAUUCUCGAUAGGAGUUUUGAGCCACUUAUUGAAAUUAGACGACGCACUCAUUGGAGUGAUCGCUUGCCUUAGUAAAGUAUUAGCUGGAUUGGUAUUUGCAUUUGCACCUUCAGAAUUAUAUUUUUAUAUUGGUGGAUGUAUCAUAUAAACAAACAGGAAGACAAGAAAACAUGCGCCGUUGAAGAAAUUAAAUCAAAUGAUAAUCUUGGUUUUGAAAUUAAUUGAUGACUAUUUAUAAUAUUCCAAAAGUCUGAAUAUAA